AAACAAUUGUCAAUGUCAAAAGAUGAAUAGAAAUAAAAAAAUACCAAUUGGCAGUAAGACCAGUUUUCGAAGAUUUUAGAAUUUUAGGAAAUACUUGGUACCAUAAAAAAGUGAAGUCUACCAAUAUCUUUAAAUAAGGCAUUAAAAUGGGUUUAUUGAAAAAGACCACGGGCCUUAUGGGCUUAGCAGUGAACCCAAAUCCGCAUCAUACACUUGGUGCGUUAUAUGGUAAAAUUCUUAGAACACUGCAAAAAAUGCCUGAACAAUCAGUGUAUAGAAAAUAUACAGAGCAAAUUGUCAAAGAGAGGGCUGCAGUUCUUCAACAGACCAAGGACAGUUAUGAAUUAGAAAGCAAAAUAAAUUGUGGACAAGCUGAGGAAUUGAUUCUACAGGCAGAGAACGAGUUGAAUUUAGCUCGCAAAAUGCUUAAUUGGAAGCCAUGGGAGCCACUUGUAUCAAAACCCCCCAAGGGUCAGUGGGAUUGGCCCCCUACCAAAGCUUAAGUUUAGACAUCUUAUAGUAUAUCAAUGUAGACAUGAUGAUUAACUAAUUCCACCAAUAAAAAUAAAGAAAAAUCUGAAA